UGCGUCAUAUUGCAGCAUCAUGGAGGUCGGCUACCACUGCGAAUCAAGGCUGUGCCAGAGGGAACCAACGUUCCUACCAGGAAUGUCUUAUUUACCGUCGAGAACACUGACCCUGCAGUGCCGUGGGUUACCACUUUCUUCGAGACUUUGCUGGUCCAGGUGUGGUACCCCACCACGGUUGCUACCAUCUCCCGAGUCUACAAGCAAAUCUUACAUCACUACCUGUCCCUUACAAACGACAACCUUCUCCAACUUGAGUCUUCUCUGCAUGACUGUGGGUACCGCGGUGUUUCAUCCAUUGAAAGUGGUGCCAUAGGAGGCGCUGCUAACCUGAUCCACUUUAAGAUUACAGGUACAGUGGCUGGGUUGUGCUUACUGAGAAAGUACUACCACUUGAAGACGCCCUGGGGUUAUGCAGAUCCGUGUUCUGAACACUCAUCAGUCACGUCUUGGGGACGACAUCGGGAAGCAGACGCUUACACACACAUGCUCAACACUUACCCAGGAAGGCCUGUAUCGUGUGUGAUAGACUCGUAUGACAUGUAUAAAUGUCUUAAGGAGAUCAUAUGUGGUCAGCUGAAGGACCUGGUGAAAGAACAUGGUCAGAAAGGAGGAGUGUUGACGGUGCGACCCGACAGCGACGACCCGGCCACUGCUGUUCUCAAGUGUCUGGAGAUUUUGGGACAACAUUUCGGGACGGAGAUCAACAACAAGGGCUACAAGAUGCUACCUUCUUUCCUGCAGGUCUUUCACUCUGACGGCAUCAAUAUUCAGUCUCUCGUCAACAUCUUGAGGACUACAGAGCGUCAUGGAUGGUCAACGGGCAACUUCAAGCUGGGUGCGGGGAGUUCCCUCCUACAGAAGAUCAAUCGAGAUAUUCUGAACUUCGCGUUCAAGUGCAGCUUUGCAGUUGUAGACGGGAGAGAGAGAGAGGUGUACAAGCAACCCAUGACCGACACUGGCAAGAACAGCAAGAAGGGUCGUCUUACCCUUCAGUCACACAACAAAAACUACAUAACUAUUGAACACGGGAAAGGUGACCCAGAGAAGGACUUGCUCGUCCCAGUGUUUGAGAACGGAAAACUACUGCACGACUACAGGUUUGAGGAAAUUCGUCAGAGAGCCCAAAUUACUCCAGAUGAUAUCGAUAUUCUACAGUUCUUGACUGCUGACAAAUAACAAUUAAGUUGACUGAAUAUGUAACUUUCAAGCAGAUGAGCUUUAUCUGAAGACUUGCCAUGUAGUGCCCUAUUUUAACGGCAGAGUACAACAAAAAUUAUUGCCGAUAUUAAGAAUCCAUCCUGAAAAGUUGCAUUUACAAGUAGGCAAUGUUAACCAAAUAUGAACCAAUAAUUAUUUUUUAUAAAAAAAAAAUCUAAUGCUGUUAAUUUCUGGAAGCGUGUGUUCAGGCGUUUUCAAACCAUUUUAAUGAAAUCUGAAGCAGCUUACAGAGAUAAAGAUGAAAAACAAUCCGAAGAAAAUGGAUAUUCAGGUUUAAUGUUAUACAUAUUUGGUAAGAUAUUUGAGACGCUACUUGGGAAUUUGCUCCACUUAUCUACAACUCUUUUGCCAAACCAAUACUUCCCUGUAUCCUUUCUACAUCUAAAUUUAUUUAACUUGAAUACAAUGCUACGAGUCCUGUCUUAGAGCUUGGCGCUCCAUGACUGUGCUUCAGGUCCUUCAAGGCUGAAGGACUGAUUACCUCAUCUUUAAUAAUAUAAUAAUAUUAUAUUUCUACAAGUACAUGUACAAGAUAUACAGUCCUAGCUGACAUCAAUGACACAACUGUAUAGAAAGCCGCUUGUUAUGCUGAGCAUUUUGGGCAUAUUAUUAAGUUUUGUCGCAGGAUGCGACCCACACCAGUCCACUAACACCCAGGUACCCAUUUUUACUGAUGGGUGAACAUGGACAGCAGGUGUAAAGGAAACACGCCCAACGUUUCCACCCUUGCAGGGAAUCAGACCCAGACACCUCAGCGUGUGAAGAUGUUGUACAUGUGUCUAAUUCGUCAUGGCUGGAACAAAUUGCCGAAUAGCGUCACUGAAGUGAGAAAUUUGGGUAUCCUUGAUUAAAUAUUCGUUGGGCGGGUACAUGAGUGGGUGUGAGUUGGACCUGCCUAAUAUGGGCGUUAAGGUUGGUGUGUUGGGUUAAAAGCCUAAGGACUACACGAAGUUCGUUAAGACCUACAAAUAACGUUUUACGUUACCAGUGAGGGAUACUUUAAUCCCUAAAAUAGGGAUUAAUUAAACUCAAGUGUAUAUUCACUUAGAUAUACACCUCUUAGUGUAUAUACCCGUAUAUGAUAAGCUAUAUUCAAGACAUCUACAAGUAAUUUAUAGACCAUUAUAUAGUUGUACAAUGAUUCUGAAGGCACUUGAAAGUUUAAAGCGUGCUUAUUAAUAAUGGUAUAUUGUGCAUAUUUAAUGUAGACUAAGCCAAUAAAGUCAGUAUGGUUGGGGUAUGACUGAGCCAAGAGUAUCUGAUGUAUUUCUCUGGGCAUGAUUAGAGUACCUAGCUGAGAGUGAGAAUACUAUUCACACGAAACUCUUCAGAAAAGAGGAAGACAAGUUGAUAAAUUAUAUCGUAAGAAUUAUGAGACUAUAUUUUCAUGGUGGCAAGUAAAGAAGGCAUACGAGAGGCUGAAUUUAUAAACGGUGUAACGAACUCAUUAUUGAUCAAUUUAUUUUUUAAAUAAUGUAUUACCAUAUUGUAGCAGCUAAUAAAAUGUUGGUGCCCAGUCCCUGGGUCCAUGUGUCUUUUUAAGUUUUUGACUACCUGUCACAGGAUGGGUAUGAGAUGCAUAAUAACGCUUACACACUACAUUCACCAACCAAUUAAGUGUAACUGCAAUUCAUAUUCCAAACAAUAUUCCUUAUUAAUUAAUGUAAAUCCAGCAUAAUCUAAAAUAAUUGUUUUUCUGCUAUCUUUAUUACCCCAUUUCUUUUGUACUUUAAUUAUACGUAAAUUUUUAUAAUAAUUCUCUAGCUUUUACAGUGUGCAUAAAAAUAUCCAUCCUGAUUUGUUACCCAGCCUACAAUUAAAUAAUUUUUAAGACCUAGAAUUAGGCUGGCCAAAAUGCUUUGCAUGACAAAGAAUUUGAUCUAAAAUAUGUAGCACAAUGUUUUCCUAAAAUUGUAACGAAACAUUCUAAACCAUCCGCUGUAACCUCAGUGUAUUCUAAAUAAAUAAACAUCUUAUUUUUUAAA